GACCGAUCAGUUUUGAAUUGGCUAUAGCCGUGCGUGGUGGAGGGGGAGGAGAGUGAAAGAGGAGAGAGAGAGAGAGAGAGAGCGCAGUGACAGCGAACGCCUCUGAACAAAACGGCAUUGCAUACUGAGAGAGAGACUCCCAUCUAAUAAGUCUUGUUUCUCCUCUCUCAUCAUCGUCUUCGCACACAAGGAAUUUCUCUUUCUUUCUUUCUUGCUUUCUUUUUGGUAAUGUUGACAAAUUCAAUUCUGUUGUGUUCUGUUGGAUUGAUUGAUUGAUCGAUCGAUCUGGAUUGGAGUGGAGUAUUUUUGAGUUUUUGUUCCUUUGAAAAGAGAAAAGAGGGAAGAAUAAAGAAGAGCUGGAUUCCGUACAGGAGUCGUUGAAGGCUACAGCCGCCGCCGGAAACGGUCAGAUCCGGUACAGAUCACCAUCGGCUGCAGAACUCCUGGAGGGGCAGUCGUCGUCGGGAUCACUGGAUCAACUGGACAAGAUGCUGAUGAAGCGCACCAGGCAGCACGAGUCUCUCUCCGACAAGAUCCACCGCUUCAGAGGCGUAAUCCUGGUGAUUUCGGUCCCUCUCCUCCUCAUCUCCUUCGUCCUUUUUCUCAUGCCCACCCGUUCUCCCUCCCUCGACUCCUUUCCUAACCGCAAAUUCUCUCCCAAUAACUUCCCCCUCGCCCGUGCUGCCCGGAGUUACGCUGUCAUCUUCGACGCCGGCAGUUCUGGCAGCCGUGUCCACGUUUUUUGCUUCGACCAACACUUGGAUCUAGUCCCUAUUGGCAAAGAUCUUGAGCUUUUCUUACAGCUAAAACCAGGUCUGAGUGCAUAUGCGAAAGAUCCCAAGGCUGCUGCAAAUUCUCUCAAGUCCCUUUUAGAGGAAGCCCAGAAUGUUGUCCCAGAGGAGUUGCGGCACAAGACUCCAGUUAGAGUUGGGGCCACUGCAGGUCUGAGGCAAUUGCAAGGCGAUGCACCCGAUCAAAUUUUGCAAGCGGUCAGGGAUUUUUUGAAGGAUAAAAGCACCUUGAAAUCUGAGGCUGAUUGGGUCACAGUAUUGGAUGGGGCUCAGGAAGGUGCUUAUCAGUGG